UGAGAAGUAGUCCUUAAAAAAUGUUGGAUUAUGGGCGAUUAUGCGGCGUAAAACUACAUAUAUUCUGCUUUGCUGUGAUUUUCUUCAUUGUUAUAUUCUCGGUCAGCUUCAUCUUCAACCUUUCACUCCAUUCUGUUGCCUUUGAAACUGAAAGAAAUCUUCAAGUUCUGGAUACUUAUGAGCCACGGCAACCAUUGAAGGCGAUUUCGAGGACUGAACUUUUGCCUGCAACGGAAGAAGGGAAUACAGAAGCAUAUAGGGAAGAUCAUGGUCACUUGGUGUCUCCCCUCAAUGUUUCUGCAGAAGAAAGAAUUGCCUGGUUCAAGAAAAACUUGUCAGAGUUCAAGAUCUUAUAUUCAACUAGAUUUACGCGGCAAUUUGAUGCUCGAGUUAGAGAGUUCUUUGGCCAUAAGUGCAGGGUUCGAAUUCGAUUCUUCAUGACAUGGAUAUCGCCUGCGUGGUCAUUCGAACACAGAGAGUUUCUGGCCAUGGAAAGUCUAUUCAAAGCAAACCCUCAUGGAUGUUUGGUGAUUCUAUCAAGAACUCUGGAUUCUGUUGCUGGAAAUAGGAUCUUAAAACCACUGCUCAAUCUCGGGUUUAAGGCUAUGGCAGUCUCACCGGACUUGCCUUUUCUUCUGGAGAACACGCCGGCAAAAUCUUGGUUGGAUGAUCUCAAGAGUGGAAACAAGGACCCUGGUGAAAUUCCAUUGGCACAGAACCUAUCCAACCUGAUCAGACUGGCGGUUUUGUACAAAUAUGGAGGUGUUUACAUGGACACCGACUUUAUAGUUCUGAAAGAUUUUUCGGGUUUGAGGAAUUCCAUCGGAGCACAAAGCACCGAUGAGUCGGGCAACUGGACAAGACUGAACAAUGCAGCUCUGGUUUUUGACAGAAAACACCCACUUCUGUACAUGUUCUUGGAGGAAUUUGCAUCAACCUUCAAUGGAAAUAGAUGGGGACACAAUGGACCUUACCUAGUUUCCAGAGUAGUAAAGAGAGCGGCAACAACACAGAAGUUUAAGUUUACUGUCUUGCCACCUAUGGCGUUCUAUCCGGUCAGCUGGACGAAGAUAGCUGGGUUUUUCUCACGGCCACCUGAUCGGAAACUGUCAAACUGGGUGGAGGCCAAACUGCACCAGCUAAACAGGGCGACUUAUGGUGUGCACCUGUGGAACAGCCACAGUAGCAGAGUGGAAAUUGAAGAAGGAAGCAUGGUAGACAGGUUAAUCUGGGAGCAUUGUAUCAUUUGCAAUCCCAUGUAUAGAUCUUGAAGCAACUCCUCGGCAGAAGGAGGAGGAGGGGGAGAGAGAGAGAAGAAGAAGAAGAAGAAGAAAAAAUUGGUAAACAAAUAAAAAAAGGACU